AUGAAGCAAUCCGUUGCGCUUUUAGUAUUAAAAAAGAGGAAAAAAAGAUGGUUAAAUCGGAGAUGGUGGGUGAGACCUAUCUAUUUAGAACGUCCUUGGUAUGGUGAUUAUGAACAUCUAUUUCACGAAUUAAAAUAUGAUGAUCCUGAUAUGUUUUUUCGAUACGUACGAAUGACAAAGGAAACUUUCCACUUUUUAUUAAAUAUGACAAAGCCUUUUUUGACGAAAGCAAACAAAAGAGCUUUUAGUCCAGAACAACGAUUGGCCAUUACUCUGAGAUUCUUAGCAACUGGAGACCAAAUAUUGUCCAUUGCAUUGGCUUUUAGAUGUGGAGAGUCAACCGUACGGAACAUUAUUCAUGAAACUUGUUCAGUCAUAGUCAAGGUAUUACAAUUGAUUUACCUUCGUUUACCAACAGAAGAAGAAUGGAAAAAUAUUUGUACUGGUUUUCUGGAAAAUUGGAAUUUCCCUCACUGUGUUGGGGCUUUCGACGGAAAGCAUGUGGAGAUACAAGCUCCGCCAAAUUCCGGGAGCUUAUUUUACAACUACAAAAAGACACAUAGCAUUGUGUUGAUGGCUGCAUGUGAUUACAAAUAUAUGUUUACACUAGUUGAUAUUGGCUCGUAUGGUGGCAAUAGCGAUGGUGGUAUUUUUACUUCUUCUAACAUUCAUUUGGCACUGCAAGAAAAAACAUUAAAUCUUCCCAAAGGGAUUACAAAUCUUCCUGAAAGUAAUGUUAAAAUGCCAUAUUUUUUUCUUGGAGAUAGUGGUUUUCCAAUAAGUCCUACUAUGAUGCGACCUUACGCCGGAAAAGUACUUGAUGAAAGAAAAAAAAUAUAUGUAAUAUACUGA